AUGCCUUUCGCCUGGACGCACGAUCGCGCAGCAACCGCUUCGUCGACAUCGGCCGCUCCCUCGGGUCGAAUCUCGGCCUCUCCGGCACAGACAAGAGGAGCAGGAGCAGGAGCAGGAACAGGAACAGGAGCAGGUCACCGUCGCGGACUGCCUCACUCGACCUCCAUGUCCUCGAAUGUGAGCAGCCUGAGCACCAGCGCACGCAGUGCUUCCGGCUCUCACUUUUCUACGGCACUGCCGCCUUCGUCGCUAUCGGUGGCAAAGUCUUCCACCUCUGCUGCUCUCACAAGCGCCGACGAGAGCGACGACUUUCGACGCUUCUUAAACGAGGCACAGGCCAAAGACGAUCUUCAGCGCCAAAAGCAAGCCCAAAGAGUGGCUACCCUUGCGCCCAGUGGUCAGAACGCGAGCAGACCCCAAGGUGCAGCCGAGUCGUUACGAAGAGUUGCCAGCUCGUCGACCCUCAACAGCGUCAACAGCCAACGAGCUGUGCCAAAUGCCCCCUCUACGAGCGUGAGACAUAAUGCGACGCUGUCUGCGGUCUCGCGAGCGCCUCGAUCCGUUUCAAACUACUCGGUCACUUUCCGCAAUCCUACGAGCCAGUUCCUGGAACAGCUUUCCCUCGAGGCACAAACGCCUGAACUCGGCAUCGAUGAUAGCCCCGUCACCGGGCGUACGGUGGACAACAAGAGUCAUCUGACUGCGCAUGGGCAUGCAGCUCAGCUUCAGAGCCGUAGUGCUUCGGGUUCGCUUCAAGCGAGAAAUGCUACCGUCAAAGCCAGAGCCCCUUCUGGACAAUGUGUGCCUGCGCGAUCUCCGACCAUUGCGGUGGAGUCUCCUGCAGCAACGGCAACUAGAACACAGACUACGUCGAAUCAAUCGGUCGUGCCGACCUCGACUUCAAGGCAAACCAGUGCACCUCGAAUUACCUCGCCUACUGCUCGCGCUCAGCCUCUGUCUCCCCGACGGAGGCCGCAGAGUUACAUCCACAAGCCACCUGCACAGCCCUCUGGCGUGAUGUCGCCGCGCAAGCUCGGUGCGACGGAUCUAGGGCUCGGACUGCCCACAUCACCGGCAGCCUCGCCCACACAGGCAAAACGCAGUGCCGACGAGAUGGAACGCAGCUCGUCUCCGCAUUCAAGCGCAAAGCUCGAAGAAACGGCCAAGGAUAUCAAGGCUCCUCCCAUGCAGCUCAUUCCGAGUCAGCCAGCGCCGCGCAGAAAGACGUGGUUCGGACUUGGCUGGGCAGCAGAGGCAGAGGAUCAGGUACCUUCCGAGAUGAAGGAUGAGCCGAUGCACGUUAUGGACUCCGCAGACGACCAACCGCCUCCACCCAUGAGUGAGGAGGAAGCUGCAUUUAGGAGAUCGCUUGGCUACAAAGAUGUUUUCCAUUCUUCGGCGGAUGGCAAAGGCGUUGCUCAGCCUUUGGGCGACCAAAGGGCGGCGUUUCCUGGAGGUCGCGACUCGGAUGCCACCAUCAAGGCUGAGCCGGCGCUUGCUCAAAUCCCGGUUCGAGAGCGACGUGUGUCGUGGUUGCCUUGGCGGAACAUCGCGCCUCCUGAUCCUGAUGUAACGGCUGGGGCGGUCGCAAAGGCUGCCGACGACGGUGCUGGUCAGCAGAAGAACGUCGAGAUGGCGGAAUCGGCACCCGCAGAGGUCGCUGAUGCUCUUGCGCAGGAGACCAAGAAAGCCAUCACCGAAGAAGGACGCGACGAUAGCAAAGACACGGUCACAUACAAGACCAUUGUCAAGCGAGGCUGGAUGGGCGCUCGUUACGAAGUGCAAGAGCCCGUAUCUGGUUUGCGCAAAAUGUUUGACCCGCCUGCACCAGAUGCAGCUCAAGCGUCGGGACCGGGCGUCACCGUCACCACCAAGGACAGCCGGGUGCAAGCCAACAAUGAAGGUGCCACCGCCGAGCCUGUCCAGCAUCAAGCCUCGUAUCCUCCAACUGGUCCAGCAGCAGAAGCCUCGGAAGGCAGCAAUGCUAGACAACCCAGUGCAACCUGGCGAUGGAGGUUCUGGUCUGGCCACGAGGACCGGCCAGAGGUGGAUGCGACCUCGGCCGCUCAACAGCUCCAAGUGCCGGAUGCACUGCCCGCUGCUCCUCGAGCUGCUGGCUCGGAGUAUCCACAAGACACAGCUAUGCCGAUGGACAUCGACCAGGAUGGCCAUCAGGCCACGGCACCAACAGCACCGGACGGAGGCUCGUGGACUUACUCUUCGUACCUGGCCAGCUGGGUGCCGACCUGGGUGUACAAUGCGCAGCAGGAGGAGUUGGCUGUUAACGACAGUGCUGCGCAAGUCGAUUCCACUCCCGCUGAAGCUCCUGCUGAGGUGCCACCACGCACGCCUGCUGAGCAAGUCAAGGCCGAUGCACUGGCUAGGGAUGCGUCGGCUGCCGUCUUCGAUGCCAACAAAGCGGUGCUUAACGAAUCGACACGCGGCGGCUGGAUCAAGUUCUUUGGCUCUCGCAGCGCAAAUCUUCCGCGAGAAGCACCCGAAGCCAUUACGAAUGACGAUGGCAUGGAGGUGAUGGAUAUCAGCGAAAUCGAUGGACCGGCUCGUCCAACGGCGGCUCGGGCCAUCGCAGCUACUAAAACUGAUAGGCUCACCGCGGAUGCGGCGCGAGAGCCACGUUCUAGAACGACUACCAAUGGCAGCGUGACUGGGUCCAGGUCGUCGUCCCUCGCUGGUGAUGCUGAGCACUCCCGUUCAGCCACUCCGUUGUCGACGAGCAUGAGCAAGGACAGCGUCAAGAAUCUCAGCAAGGUGGCUAUCACCAAAGCUGCCAACGCCACAGCCGCGUCAGCCAUGGGACUUGGCAAAGGGAAGCGAACCGACUCCGCCCAAACCAGAAACGAUACUGCAAGUGGCGUCAACACCGGCAGCGGCAGCAGCAGCGCACAGCCAGCCAAGGAUGUUAGCAAAAACGUGGCACCCAACGGGUCUGGCCCCUCUCGAUCGGGCGCUACUACGCCUACGAGGUCUGCCGGCGAUCCUGUACCAAUGGUGCCGCCCAACUUGGUUCUGCCUUCAUUUGAUGACACUUUUGCAAGAGCGCCGAGGAUGUGGCCGCCCAAGGUUGGUGUGCUCGAAAGGACGUUGAGCGCGGUCAACAGCUACCUCUUCAGCAAAGUGCCUGAUCUGGAGCGCAUGAAGCGGCCGACGCGCUUUUCGACGUACGGGGAGCCUAGCCUUGGUUCCAAUGCGUCCGCCUCCAAGGGCGGCCGACCCACUCAGCGCCUAGCAGGUAAAGCCAAAGCCACGGGCGCGGGGUCGAGCAAGGAUAAGGGCGUCGAGACUGCGCUUAAAGAAGUCGCCGGCUCUGCUCAGCGUCUUCCUCGAGCCUGGUCGACUGUGGGCAUGCACGAACGGGCGCAGUCGAAAGGGACUGCCGGUAUUGGCAAGGUUGUCGUUAUUGGAGUGCAUGGCUGGUUUACACAAAGUAUCUUUAAGAACAUGAUUGGCGAGCCGACAGGCACUUCGGCCAAAUUUGCGGCCAUGCAGACCGAGUCAAUCCGUCGCCACUUCCUGGAGGCUGGCUUGGAGCUGAACCCCGAAGCUAUCACUGCCAUCUCCUUGCAGGGCAACGGCAAGGUGGCCGAUCGCGUGGACCGGUUGUUUUCGGAACUGAUCAGCAGACCGAACUGGGUCAACGACUUGAAGCACGCAGAUGCACUGUUCCUGUCGGCGCACUCGCAGGGUGCAGUGGUGGCGACACAACUUCUGGCGCGGUUGAUCGAGCAGCGCAUCGUGCAAGCCGAACAAACGCGCAUCUGUCUGCUUGCCAUGUGCGGCAUCCAUCACGGGCCGUUUGCGCAUCUCAAGUCGUCCGUCACCGCGAGCUACAUCAAUUACUUUGAGACGGCAGCGGCCAAGGAGCUGUUCGAGUUUCAGUCGUCGUCGACGGCUGUAUCCAAGCAGUACACGGCGGCGCUCAAAAUCGUGCUGGAUGCGGGGGUAAAGUGCGUCUAUGUGGGGUCGACCGACGACAAUGUGGUGCCAAUCUACUCGGCGCUCAAUUCGAGCAACAACCAUCCGAGCAUCUUGCGCGCGCUCUACAUUGACGGGCAGGCGUUCCCCAAGGUGGAUUUCUUGACGAAUCUACUGGUGCUCUGCGUGGCGGUCAGGAACGCAGGGUUGAGUGAUCACAAUUUGUUGACGCUGCUGUCGGCGAGUGUGGCGGGGAGCUUGUAUGGCGGCAAGGGACACUCGCAGGUGUACGAGGAGAAAGCGGUGUAUGAUCUGGCAACGCGGUAUCUGUUUGAGGUGACGCAUCCUCUGGCGGAACCGACGUUUGUGCCUGGUCCUCCGGGUGUCAAAGCGUCCCCACCGGCGGCUUCUGCGAAUUCGUCGGCGCGCCGUGUCUCGAGCUCGGACACCGAUUCUGGCAAUGCAGCAGUGCUGGUCUCUGAGGCGUUCGAAGCACAGCGAUGGAAUCCGUACGAAUUGCCGUGGUCGCUGCGCGGGCUGUUCGAGGACAAGCAUGUCAGGAGCUUGUUUGCGGAAGACAUGCUGGCGCUGCUGCAGAGCUAUGACGAGUGGAAGCCGGAUGCCAAGUCGAAGGCGCUGAAGGAUCUGCAGUGGAGACUGGCGCCGAUUCGGAGUAUCAAGCCGCCGGAGAUCGAGGCUGGGGAGGAGGAGGCGGAGGCGGAGGGUGCGAGGAAGGAAGACAAGGGCGUGAGUGGGAAGGGGUCGAAGUUGUAA